AUGACAUCUGUAAUAAACUACCGAUUUCGCUCGAAUAAAAACUUUUCACGGAUUGUAUUCCAAGGAACUGGACUACCUUUGUGGGAACUCAAGUACGAGAUAAUCAACCAAAGAAAGAUGGUCUCGAAGGAUUUCGACCUACUAUUUUUCGAUGGAGAAACGGAUGAAGAAAUAAAUGACGAAUAUCAGAUCAUUUCGAUGAAUAGCCAUGUGAUAGUAAACAGGAUUCCCUUGUGGAUGUCAAAAGGAGGAUACAAUGUCAAAGAGAAGAGGCUUGAGUCCCAGACCCAUCACCACAAUACACAAAGACAUGGAAAGACUGUUCCUGAAAGCUAUGUGUGCUUCCGGUGCGGGCAAAAAGGACAUUAUAUUCAGAACUGCCACACAAAUCAAGAUAAGGCAUUUGACAUUCUGAGAAUCCGGAAGCCUUCGGGGAUUCCCAAAGACUUUCUUGUCCCUGUAUCUGGAGAAAGUGUCCCAACAAAUGCUGCCAUGUUAGUUACUCCGGAAGGAGGAUACGUUAAAGCUCAGCCUCAGGUUCAAGAAUGGAAGAAGUACAAGCAAAGGACUAAAAUGACAGUUGAGAUUCCAGACAGACUGAAAUGUCCUUUGUGUCACUGUUUACUUGUAAAUCCGAUGAGAACAAACUGCGGACACACAUUCUGUGAUCAAUGCGUAGGGAUCGAUAGAAAAUGCUAUGUGUGCUCGAAAGUUGUUGAAAACUUCACGCAAGACAUAGCCAUGAAAGUUGAAGUUGAGAAAGCUAUAGAACAAAGAAGAUAA